AUCGCUUCCAUCGCUUCCAUUUUCCGCUUUACAUAAGCCAUAACCCAUUACAUCGCCGCCUCGACUUUCUAUGACUCCCAACUUCCUCCACAUAUCAACAUGGCAUUGCCAUUGGACAACACAUCCGGCACGGACGAGGUGCAUUCCGCCCUAUCCCUCAACUUCCCUUCUUCCCUGAACCUCGCAACGAGCGUCUUGCUCUCCACCUGGCUCCUGCUCCCCUCCCGUCUCCGCGUAGCCGUGUACGACCUCCUGCGCAGGGUCGGCGCGCUCCUCUAUCCUCAGCCCGAUCACGCUACCGUCCACCGACUGCCCUUUGGUUUGUAUCUCAAAAAGCGCCAAACCAACCCGUCCAGCUCCCACAACGAACUCGCCGCCCUCCAGCUCCUCCGCCGGUAUACCACCAUCCCCGUCCCAACGCCCCUCGACCUCGUCCACAAACCUGCUGCCAACCCCGCGGCAGCCGACCCCUUCUCCGUCGCAGAAGCAGAAACAGAAACAGAAGCCUACGGUGAAACCUACCUCCUGACCACCCGUGUCCCAGGCAUCCCGCUCUAUCGCUGCCAGCACGUGCUCUCGGACGCCGACCUGGCCGACCUGGCGGCGCAGCUGGCCGCCCACCUCGCCCAGCUGCGCGCCGUCCCGCAGCAGCAGCAGCAGCCUAAUAAUAACACCCACACCCACCAAAAAACCAAAUUCAAAAUCGAAAUCUGCGACGCGCGGGGCCACGCCAUCCGGGACCCGCGCAUCCGCGGCGGCGAGCCGGUCGGCCCGUUCCCCGACGAGGCCGCCUUCAGCCGGGAGCUGAUGUUCUCGGAUGACGCGGCGCGGCGGGGACACCGCGUGGUCUUUACGCACGCCGAUCUCAACCCGCGGAAUAUCCUCGUGGAGAAGAGAGGAGGACAGGGACAGGGGAGCCUGGGGAGGUGGGUGGUGGCCGGGAUUGUGGACUGGGAGAAUGCCGGGUUCUAUCCCGAGUACUGGGACUGUACCAAGGCUUUCUUUGAAGGGUUCCGUUGGUCGGCGAGGUAUAAUGGCAUGGUGAAAAUGGUGUUUGCGGCGCUGGGGGACUACGAGAGGGAGCUGGAGGUUGAGAGGAGGAGCUGGCAGCUAGGGGACGCGAUUUGACCCCUGAUGAUGACACCCAUUGCCCUCUCGGUUCUGGCGUCUAUAGUUGGAAGAAGAACACUUCAACAACGCUAGAUUCUCUGAAGGGCGCAACUUUGACUUUGCUUGUUGCUCAAUGCGUUCGUGUGUGAGCUAGCGAACCCUUUCAAGCCAGCCUACUGCCCGAGGCGGCUUUGUGGGCCCAUAUUAGAUCUG